AUGAACAUCACACCUAGUUCACAUGUCACCCAGACGGUACAGCAUGAGAAAGUCACAGUGGAGGACGUCACCCAUGAGGAAGAGAAAGAAAAUCAGGUGGAAAUCUUAGAAGAAGAAGAGACUAUCACUCCAGAUUUCGUCGCCAUGCACAAAGACAAGUUGAAGAGAUGUCUUGAGGAUCUAGAAAGACAAGAAAAGCUCAACAGCCUCAAGGCUAGACUAUCCUUCGACACACCUUCUAACCAAGACGAAAUAAACCCUAAAAACAAGAGCAGUGGCAGCGAUUCACUAGAAACAUUCAUGACUGCCCUUAGACAAAUGUCUUCAGAAGAGAGGGAAGACCUCAUCACAAGAAAGAAGCCGAAAGAAAAGGGAAAAGAGAAAGAGAGCCAAAGUGGCAACGAUCUAGACCAGCCCUAUCUCCCACGGGACCUGGCUGAAGUCUCGAAGUUCACCCGAAGGAUUGCAGAGGCACCAAUGCCCCCUAAAACAAAGCUACCUCCAAACUUUGACCGUUAUGAUGGGACAAGAGACCCUGAAGACCACCUCUAUGCCUUCAGGGGAGCGGGACAACUUGGGCGAUGGCCCAUGCCGGUGUGGUGCCACAUGUUUGUACAAACUUUGACGGAGGGAGCCCGGCUCUGGUUUGACAGUCUCCCUCUAGGAGGAAUCGACAGUUAUGAAGAGCUAAGCGAUAAGUUCCUCAGGAACUUUGGUCAGCAGAGAAAAGUGGUCAAGAAUCCAAACGAGAUUCUACACAUAAGGCAGGGGGACAACGAGCGGAUAGACCAGUACAUGGAGAGGUUUGUCAAGGAGAGCAUGAACAUCAAGGAUGUCCCGGAGGUCAUGAAGAUCAGCAGUUUCAUUAACGGGCUAAAGCAUGCACAGCUAUGUGAGAAACUGGGGGAGGAAUUCCCCCAUUCGUUUGACAACCUAAUGGACAGGGUUCUAAAAUACGAGUUGUCACAUCGGGGGAGAGGUCCCCCUCCUUACUCUGAUAAGUUCACCCCUCUCACCAAGACCCCAAGCGAGAUACUGGCCACUGAGAGGGUAAAGAGCUCCUUCCCAAGGCCACCACCUAUAAAACCUGGACUAAAAGCACAACCGAACGAGUAUUGUGACUUCCACAAGGGGUUUGGCCAUAAAACUGAUGACUGUGUGUAUCUGAAGAGGGAAAUAGAAGCCGCAGUGAAAACGGGAAGACUAGCCCAUUUGGUUAAGGAAAUCAAGGAGGGAGGAGGGGAUCGUAAGGGAAGAGAUGCAAGGGAGCCUGGGAGGGCAGAUGUGGAUAUGAUUAAAAUGAGGAAUGAGUUUGAUACCACCCGAAGCGUAAAGGCCAGAAUCCUGGGCUCCCGGGACUGCAUGAAGGCUCCCAUCCUAAUGCCACACUUAGAAGAAAAAGAAGUACAGCGGCUCCCGUUGAACAUCUCAGCCAUAAUAGCUGGCCACAAGGUGGCCAGAAUAUACGUGGAUGGGGGAUCCGGGGUAGAAGUUAUAUACGAGCACUGUUUCCUCAGGUUUGACAGGGACGUAAGAGAUAGACUUGAAGAGGAUUCCAUCCCUCUAGUAGGAUUCAACAACAGUGUAUCGCACCCCUUGGGAAAGAUCAGACUCCCAUUCACAGUUGGGGUAGGGGAUCGGGUUCGGACAAUAAACCUGACCUUCACAGUGGUCCGAGCACCCUCGAAGUACAAUGCAAUCUUGGGAAGACCUGGAAUUGGGGAUUUGCAAGCACAGGCAUCCACCCCACACGGAGACUUAGUAUUCCAGACACCAAAAGGCUUAGCCUAG